CACCCUUUUGGCCUUGCCCAACACUGGCCAGUAGGUCACAUUUUGUUUUGAAACUAAUUUUUGUCAAAAUUAUUUCAAAAAUGCCGCCUGGAACACAAAUUGCCAGCGAUAGCGACAUGGAAACCGUUCUGGAGGAGUUCAAGCAGCGCCACGAGCGUCGCAAUAGCGGUGGUUCGGCCAAAUACACCUGCGGUGUGCCAAAAUGCGAUGCCACCUUCAAGCGACUGGACCAGUUGGACCGCCAUGAAUAUCAUCAUACGGGGAUUAAGAAGCACGCCUGUUCGUACGAGGGCUGCGACAAAACGUACUCCAUAGUGACACACUUAAAGCGCCACUUGAGGAGCACCCACGAGCGACCGGAGGCGGCGGCCAAGAAAACAGUGAAAUGUUCACUCGGGGAAUGCAGCAAGAUGUUCAUUUCGGUCAGCAAUAUGACGCGUCACAUGCGCGAAACGCACGAGAGUCCACGCGUCUAUCCGUGCUCGCAUUGCAGCGCCAAGUUUUCGCAGAAACUCAAGCUGAAACGGCACGAGAUCAGGGAGCACACGCAGGAGUAUCCGUUUAGCUGUGCCAAGUGCUCGCGGGGAUUCUACCAGGAGUGGCAGUGCCAGAGCCACGAGGCCAGCUGCAAGCAGUACGAGUGCCCCGGCUGCCCCCAGAAGUUCGAGAAGUGGUCUCUGUACACAAAGCACUGUCGCGACACUUUGCACGGCCGGCAGCGCCACAAAUGCGAGCGCUGCGAUUGCGCCUAUGACAAGCCCAGCGACCUGAAGCGACACAUCGAGACCAAGCACAAGGAGGCGGAGGCGGAGAAGGAGAGCUCCUCAUGCUCCGCGUUCACCUGCACAGAGGAGGGUUGCGGCAAAAGCUACUCGUAUCUGAGGAAUCUCCGCCAGCACAUGCUCACCGCCCAUUCGGGCAGGCGUUUCGAGUGCCAGGCCAUCGACUGCGGACGCUGCUUCAGCAGUGCCCAGAACUUGUCCAAACAUCUGCUCAGAGAUCACAAAGAUGGCAAGACCAAGAAGAAGACGGAGAAGAAGCAGCUGAAGGUCAAGGAACUGCUUAAGUCCAAUCCCCGCAAGCGACGUCGCGAUGCCGGGCGCAGCAAACAUUCCCGCCUGUCCAAACUGGCCUGCCUGCAAUUGGACAAGGAUGACGAGGAGGCGGUGCGCGAACGCCAGCCGUUGGCCCUGGAGAAGGUCACCCAAUCGCUGAAAGAGGAUCCCAUCGAGGAGUUGCUGGCUCAGACCCUGCACGAUGAAGAGGAAGUGGAGCAAGAGUAAGGCAAGCCUCAUAAUAAGGGAAAAGCGAAGGAAGGUUAGAUCGAAAUCAAUGUGGAAAACACUGACAAAUAGAUUAAUAGAGAGAGGUAAAAUGUAUAAUGAUUCCAACCGAAAUGAAUCUUUCAGUCUAGAAAUAUAUACAUUGGAUCAUAAUGUAAAGCUAUCCAUAUACCAAAGGUAUACUUUUUACAUUUUAAUAUCAAACACUUGAAGCCAAAAGAAAUCAAGCUUUCAUCUCUUCUUGCCACCGGAAUGUUUUUCUGUUAAAGUAAAUGAAAACUCUUCAAUUAGAAAUAUGUUCAAGACGAUCAAGAAGUGAACUUUUUCACAUAAGCAAUUGUUAAAUAAAUCUACAGCAAGACUUAAAAAUUACAAGAAAACAAAUUAAGAGCCUUCCUUCCUUAUUUCUAUCUUAGUUCAUGAUUGUGUAGAAAGAACUUUCUUUUUUGCCGCCAGGAGCGGAAAUGCCAAUCUCCAAAAUACUCUUCUAAACUGUAAGUUUUAUAAGAAUCCCAUUCCCUGUCUACCCUGUUAUUUAUAAACCUACAAACAUCUUAAAAACCCAAAUACUUUUUUUUUGGCAAAUAUAAAUUGGAAUUAAGGCUAAAAUACCAACUACCAGUUGCCAAAUCUUAAAAACACAUUAUUUGAAUAUGUGUUAUGUUUUCCAAUGAUUAAAAAGCUAAGAAAGUUCAAUUAAAAAUACCAAAAUUAAUUAGUUUUUCUGUAGAGUAAGUAAACCUAAAUGAAUUUAAAGUUCUUUGCAAGACCUUAAAAUAUUCAAGACAAAAAUAAAUUAAUUACCCACUUAUUAUAUA